ACAGAUACUACAGUUGCAACUUGCUGAACGUCUUGUCCGUUGAUUACUCCAGGAGCUUCUAACUGAGAUUCAACUAUGUCUCAUCCAUCUUGGCUGCCACCCAAAAGCACUGGGGAAACCCUUGGCCAUGUGCCUGCACGGAUGGAGACCACCCAUUCCUUUGGAACUCCCAGCAUUUCAGUGUCCACACAACAGCCACCCAAGAAGUUUGCACCAGUAGUUGCCCCAAAGCCCAAGUACAACCCAUAUAAGCAACCUGGAGUGGAAGGUGAUUUUCUUCCACCUCCACCUCCUCCUCUGGAUGAUCCCAUUGUUCUUCCAUCUGGCUCUGGAAACUUCCCUCCUCCACCACCGCUUGAAGAAGGUGCUGUCAGGUCUCAGGGAAAUCCUGGAAGUAAGACUAUUGAAGAGAGACGAUCAAGCCUGGAUGCUGAGAUUGACUCACUGACUAGCAUCUUGGCUGACCUUGAGUGCAGCUUGCCCUACAAACCUCGACUUCCUCAGGGUUCUACCAGUACAACAGCUUCUCCUCCAGUUUCCACCCCUGUUACAGGACACAAGAGAAUGGUCAUACCAAACCAACCCCCUCUAACCGCCACCAAAAAGUCCACCUUGAAGCCACAGCCUGCUCCACAGGCUGCUCCUAUCCCCGUGACUCCAAUUGGAACACUAAAACCCCAGCCACAGCCAGUCCCUGCCUCAUACACUACAGCAUCUACUCCUUCAAGGCCUACCUUUAAUAUACAAGUGAAAUCAGCCCAGCCUAGCUCACAUUACAUGGCUGCCCCUUCAGCAGGGCAAUUUUAUGGGCAAGGUUCUCAUAACUAUAAUACUCAACCAGUUCCUGCCUCUGGGCAAUGUCCACCUCCAUCAGCACGGGGAGGCAUGGAUUAUACAUACAUACCACAACCAGGCAUUCAACCCGAGCCUACAUAUGGAUACACCCCCAACCAAGAGCGCUAUUAUGAAGCUUAUGGCCCAGGAGGGCCUGGCUAUGGGGGGAAAAAUGAUAUUGAUCCUUCCUAUAGUCAGCAGACUCAUCCAAAUACCUGGAAGCUGGAACAAGCAUAUGCUCCAUCAGGCAUAGGAAACCAAAACCCUCCUGGGCCGAUUCCAGCUGCUGGUUCCAAGAAGACCUAUAUCACAGAUCCUGUUUCUGCACCCAGUGUACCACCACCAUCAAAGUGCAUACAAACUGGCCCAUUGGGAUCUCAAUAUGGCCCUCCCUUAUUCAACCCUGAGGAUGAGCUUGAGCAACUGACCAAAAAAAUGUUGUUUGACAUGGAGAAUCCACCUGCUGAUGAAUAUUUUGGUCGCUGUGCUCGCUGUGGAGAGAAUGUAGUUGGGGAAGGUACAGGAUGCACUGCCAUGGAUCAGGUCUUCCAUGUGGAUUGUUUUACCUGCAUCAACUGUAACAACAAACUCCGAGGGCAACCCUUCUAUGCAGUGGAGAAGAAAGCCUACUGCGAGCCCUGCUAUAUUAGCACCCUGGAGCAAUGCAGUGUAUGUUCCAAGCCCAUCAUGGAGAGGAUUCUUCGUGCCACAGGGAAGGCCUAUCAUCCUCACUGUUUUACCUGUGUGAUGUGUCACCGCUGCCUGGAUGGGAUUCCAUUCACUGUAGAUUCUGGUGGCCUCAUCCACUGCAUUGAAGACUUUCACAAGAAAUUUGCUCCCCGAUGCUCUGUGUGCAAAGAACCUAUCAUGCCAGACCCAGGUGAAGAAGAGACUAUCCGGAUUGUGGCUCUGGAUCGUGACUUCCAUGUCCAGUGCUAUCGAUGUGAGGAUUGUGGUGGUCUUCUGUCUGAAGGAGAUAACCAAGGCUGCUACCCUCUGGAUGGGCAUAUCCUCUGCAAGACCUGCAAUAGUGCCCGCAUUCGAGUGCUGACUGCCAAGGCUAGCACUGACUUUUAAGUUCAGUCACCUUCUUAGCUGGUUAAUAAGUAGCACUGAAAUUAAAAGAAACACACA